AAACGGGCCGGGGUCUCGGAUUGGUCCAGCCGCCAGGACAACACCUGCUCGACUCCUUCAUUCAAGUGACACCAGAGCUUCCAGGGAUAUUUGAGGCACCAUCCCUGCAUUGCCAGGCACUCGCGGCGCUGCUAACGGCCUGGUCACAUGCUCUCCGGAGAGCUACGGGAGGGCGCUGGGUAACCUCUAUCCGAGCCGCGGCCGCGAGGAGGAGGGAAAAGGCGAGCAAGGAAGAAGAGUGGGAGGAGGAGGGGAAGCGGAGAAGGAGGAGGAAAAGGAGGGGAGCACAAAGAAUCCAGGUCUCCCGGCGAGAGGUUUAUACCAAGAACCAUGUGUGCCGAGCGGCUGGGCCAGCUCGUGACCCUGGCUUUGGUGUUGGCCACCUUCGACCCGGCGCAGGGAACCGACGCUACCAACCCGCCCGAGGGUCUCCAAGACAGGGGCUCCCAGCAGAAAGGCCGCCUGUCCCUGCAGAACACAGCGGAAAUCCAGCACUGUUUGGUCAAUGCCGGAGAUGUGGGAUGCGGCGUGUUUGAGUGUUUUGAGAACAAUUCUUGUGAGAUCCGGGGCUUACAUGGAAUUUGCAUGACUUUCCUGCACAACGCUGGAAAAUUUGAUGCCCAGGGCAAGUCGUUCAUCAAAGAUGCCUUGAAGUGUAAGGCCCAUGCUCUGCGGCACAGGUUUGGCUGCAUAAGCCGAAAGUGCCCCGCCAUCAAGGAAAUGGUGUUCCAGUUGCAGCGAGAAUGCUACCUCAAGCACGACCUGUGCUCUGCCGCCCAGGAGAACACCCAGGUGAUGGUUGAGAUGAUCCACUUCAAGGACUUACUGCAACAGGAGCCCUACGUGGACCUGGUGAACCUGCUGCUGACCUGUGGAGAGGAGGUGAAGGAGGCUAUCACCCACAGUGUGCAGGCUCAGUGUGAACAGAACUGGGGGAGCCUGUGCUCCAUCUUGAGCUUCUGCACCUCGGCCAUCCAGAGGCCCCCCACGGCAUCCCCUGAGCGCCAGCUCCAGGUGGACAGAGUCAAGCUUGCCAGGUCCCACCAUGGAGAAGUGGGCCACCACCUCGCAGAGCCCAGCAGUAGGGAGACUGGCAGAGGGGCCAAGGGCGAGCGAGGCAGCAGGAGCUACCCAAAUGCCCACGCCCGGGGCAGAGCUGGGAGCCACGGGGCCCAGGGAUCUUCUGGAAGCAACGAGUGGGAGGAUGAACAAUCUGAAUAUUCUGAUAUCCGGAGGUGAAAUGAGAGGCCUGACCAUGAAAUCUUGCCUCCACGCCGUCCAUUUUCUUAUCUAUGGACAUUCCAAAACAUUUACCAUUAAAGAGGGGGGAUGUCACACGCAGGAUUUUGUGGGAAUUGUGGACUUCAUGAAGGUGUAUGUUAGCGGAAUGAACAGGUGAGAUGGAGCUCCUUAGGCAGCGAGGUCUCGGUUGUACCUGGUGAAUUCUGCACUUACACAUAGUCAAGUGAGUGCGUCGUCCUUGUUGUAACUUUGUCUUCUUUCAAGCCCCUGGAACCAGUGGGAGGCUGUCUGCUGAUUACUCUGUUGUGGGGGAGGUGAGCUGGGGAGGGGCAGGGUUAAGGGCGCCCACCUGGGCAGGACCACAUACCUGGUGCUGGGUUUCCGCCCCAUGGCUUCUAGUGCCAUCUUCCAGGAGGAGGGCGGCUGGAUUCCGCAGGUCAGGAGUGAAUGUAAAGAUAUCCCUGAGGGGACAGGCAGAGAGGAGGCAGGGGCCACGCGGGUGCUUGGUGCCAAACCGAAAUUCAGUUUUUUGCAUGGGACCUUGAGGUUUAGAGCUGCUUGGGAGCAGGGGAGGGUUCUAAGUGUCAUUUCUGAGCCAUCGUUCUGUCUGCGGGGACCCUGUCUGAGGGAGUGGCCCCCGUGUGUUUGUAUCUUAACCACUGCUUCCAACCUUGAUUUCACUUUUUUAUUUAUCCAGUUACGUCUACAUAUCUGUCGUCUAAAUAAAUGGCUUUCAAACAAAGCAACUGGGUCAUUAAAACCAGCUCAAAGGGGGAGAAAAGCCUAGGCCAUCCUUUGGAGCUGAUUUAUUUUCUUAAGUGCUAUUUAAAAAGGAAUCAAACAGAGCAAUGUAUCUGCAUCUAACCGCCUGACGUGGGCUCAUACCCACUCGGGGCCAGCCUUUACGCAGGGAGGAAACACGCACCGGAGGACAUCGGACAGAUUUCGCUGAGAAUUUUGUCAGCUCACCUUGACCCUCAGCCAAGGUUGAUAAAGUGCUCUACCGUCAGUUCAGAGAAGCCAAAUGGGAAAAGGGAGAAGAGAAUGAAUGAAGGCUGCUUAUUCAUUUCCAGCAAGGAACGCAGACCUUUCACAUAAAUGGACGAGACUGUCGAAAACCUCCAAGGAACAAGAUUUUCCAGACCCUAAUUGGAAACUUAGCAAUGAGGAGAAAAGUGAACGUGGACAAAGGAAAAGCAGAGAGGAGAGAGAGAACUAAAAAUAAGAGGGAGGGAGGGAGAGGGUUAUAAUAGAAAGUGUCAGCAGUGGGUUUCUUGCUGUUAUUUAAAACAUCUCAUGGGCAGGCCUCUUAAUAGGCUAGCAAAUUAAAGCUUAUUCUUUCUUGCAGCCAGUGCUCAGACAGGAGCCCAGCAAGGAUGGAGAGCGUGUUCUGGACCAGGUCCUUCUAGAACAGGGGUUGGCGAAUUUCUUCUGGAAAGGGCCUGAGAGUAAUUACAGUAUUUUCUGUCACAACUAUUUAACUGCCCUUGUAGAGCAAAAGCAUCCGUUAAAAGAAUCCAUAAAUAAAUAAGCUUGGCUGCGUUCCAACAAAACAUUAUUUAACUUGUGCCCAGCUAGAUUUGGCCCUUGGGCCGUAGUUUACCAAUCCCUGCUGGAGUGAAUGGGCAAAAGAUAUGCAUCCUCCUUUGUAUAUCAACCCAUGAGCUCUCCCUCAAAACAGUCUGAGGCCAGAGGCAAGGAAGAAGCUAAAUUUAUCUACUCUGAUUUAUUCUAGGGAAUAAAUCCAUUACCGUCGAGCCAAUGCUGACUCACGGCAACCCCACAUGUGUCAGAGUAGAACUGUGCUGCAUAGAGUUUUCAAUGGCUGAUCUUUCGGAAGUAGGUCGCCAGGCCUUUCUUCCGAAGCACUCUGGGCAGGCUCGAGUUGCCAGUCUUUCAGUUAGCUGUUAACUGCUUGCAUCACCCAGGGAUUCCAUUCCAGGGAACGCUCACACCUAAAACGCAACUGGUAUCGAUAUACCCAAAAUCCCGUCUCCUUGCCGCCAGGACAUGGUGCUGGGGGUCACCUCCUGGCUUUUUGAUGAUAACUGUUGAAAAUCGCUUUGGGUGUUGGGGAAUGGGUAUAACAUGCAGGGAGAAGCACCAGGUGGGGGAGGGGAGAACAGAGGAGUCUGGUACACUUAGUGGUGCUGUGCGCUGGGGGUGAAGGGAGGAUGUCCGGAGUGUCAGGCCCUGCCGUGGGAACGUAAACCAGGACUGUCUCACGCUGGUGGCGCUUCAGCACAUUGACCGUUUUACUCAUGUCACUCAAAAGCUAAAGCAGUAACAUUCUCCAGCGUUGCUCGGUCUGCUGCUUGUUAGCCAGCUCCUCGCCUGGGUGUGUGAGAGGCGCCACUUCUAUGCGUUCCUCAGUCUAAAUGUUGUAUGUGUUCACCCACUGACGUCCCAUCGGUUGCUUCUACUGUAAAUACACGUUGUUUGUAUUUAUUAUUUCUAUGUUUCCCCCUCAUGGCAUACCAUCACUUACUAUGUUCAUCUGAACCCCUUUACUGAGCUCUGUUGUGUACUUUCCAUGCCACUGGUUUGUGUUUUCUCAAAAGUCAGGUCAAUAUCAUUUCAUUCUGCUUCCUGAUGUUAUUGAAAGCAUGCCAUCGUAUUUAUUGCUAAGGUUCUUUUGCUCAAAACUGAGGGAAGCCCAAAUGCUUAUAAGCGUUUAUCAAGGCGCUUGUACCAUCUGAAAUGUAAGCAAAAGAGUCAUUAAAAAUAGAGCCUCUCGUUGGUCUUCAUGCUUCAUACAAAUUUACUCAUGAGCCUUCCUUUGAGGAAGGAUGUUGAUCUCUAAAUACAGAUAUGGUGUUUAUUUUGAGCAUCUCGUCUUAAUAAGAUCAUCUAAACACCUCUCCUUUGUAUUAAUGAACAGCUCUGUUAUUCUGAAAUGGGAGGACUGACUAUAGGGAAAUGCUAACACCCAAAAUGAAGUAAACAGAAACCACCAGCCCACAGUAGUAGUCACACUUUGACACACACACACACAAAGAGAAAUGUAAACUCAAACCAAGUAAAAGGCUUUGCUACAACAACUUGGAAAAACAAUGCUUCCAGUGGCCAUUUCCUAGGGAAGAACAACCUCGUCUGAUCUCGGAAUUAGCACCACGUGGGCUUGCUAAGUCACAAUAUCUGUUUCUGUUAUGGGUUUAGGCCACAGGACCUGUAUCUUGUCACAGUGCAUCCUUUUUCUGCAAGCAUUAAUAAAGCUUUUAAAUUACCACCUUCCACUUGUGCACCAU